UUUGCCGGUUUAUCAGCGACUUCUUCUCCAGGAGCCACAUACUCCUACAAAACGUCAAAAUCAACUGUUGCCAACUCAUAAAUGCCAAAACAAAACGUCAUUUAAGUUAACACGUAAAAACCGUUUUUAAUUAGAAAAGAACAGGAUUUUAUGGGGGAAAAGAUACGAUUAACGCACGACUGAUUCAGGUCUGUGAUUUUCUUUAAGUUUCGAAUAAUUUGUUGACGUGUCACAUGAGAAAACUGAGUUUUUCUUAUAAUGACGUUGGGGGAAAAUUCCGGAGAGUUCUUCACAAGAUCAAGCAACAAUAGCGCAACGUCACCUAAUUACUCGAAACAACGCAACUGAAAGCCCCCUUGUGACAACUAACCAAUCGGGAGGAACACCAAACCGGCACUUUACUAAUUCACCAAUCACUAAAUGCGUUUUUUUGAGUAAAAUACAUGGGAAACACCGAAAUUGACACAAAAACAAAUCAAAUUUACCUCUUUACGUUUCUUUCCUUUCUUCUUCUCCGCCAUUUUGACAGACUACGUUGUUGACGUCAGUGCUUCUAAAAAUUUUACAGUUAAUCGACUUUGUGAACGAUUACGUGGACAAAUGAUCCGAUCGGUGCCCGAUUUAACGACAAAAUUGCGCAAUUUUCAUGUCUAGACACUGAUUUGUUUUUAAUUUUACUUGAGAAUUAAAUAAGUAAUUCUCGUGUGGGGAUUUUUGGUACCACUGAAUGGCUCUUUUUUUACGACUUGAACGACCCAAAUUGGCUGUUUUUUACCCAAAUUACAGUAGUUUUGCCAAAUUAUUAGAAUACAAGAAAUGUUUCAAAAUUUUGGGUAUUUCUGAAGACAGUGACCAGGAACAAAUCCGAACCGCUUAUUUGAACCUAGUGAAACGAUAUCACCCCGAUAGUGGUAGCAAAGAGGCCGAUGCGGACAAAUUUUCCCAAAUUGAUAAGGCUUUUCGUGUCCUUACUGAUAAGAAAUCGCGUCAAAUCGAGGAUGAAGUUCAAGUCCAGGAGCAAGACAUUAAACACACAGCCCCCCAACAUCGGCAAUAUUUGAGCUAUGAUGGGGUCGGGUUUGGAAAUCAGUUCCAAAGACAAAAACAGUAUACUAAAGUCCGGGCCAUGCAUGCAGCUGAAAACGUUUUGAAACACCGAAUGUCCAAAGUGGCAGCCGAGGAAGGGGCUCUUUUGGCCAAAACCCCCCUCAAACACAAUAUCAAAACCAAGUAUGGGUUAGAGCGUCUCGUUGAAGACUUGAUUCAAGAGUCAAUGUCUCGAGGCGAAUUUAGUAAUUUGUCCGGAUCUGGAAAACCCCUAAAUUACCAAAACCAAAAUCCUUAUGUCGAUUUUGUGACCCACAAACUGAAUGAAGUUCUAAUAGAUAACGGUUUCACACCUGAAUGGAUUACGUUGCAGAAAGAGAUAAGAGAAGGGAUUGAAGAAUUGAGGAAUUGUUUACAAAUUGAGAGGUCUUAUUUAGGUCCUUUUCCUCUCAACAGUGAAGAGAGUGAUGAUUGGACAAGAAUUGUGCAUAAACGGAGAAAUACCGUCGAUUUGAUUAAUAAAAAAAUCGAUAAGUUUAAUUUGGUUGUUCCAAUUAUGAAUAAACAGAUGAUUCAGAUUAGUUUAGAAAAAGAAGCUGAGAGAAUUUUGAUCAAUGGGAAACAUAGUGUCAGGAAAGAGUUGUCGCAAAACAAGCACGAAAGUGAAGCCCCUGUAACUGAAAACAUUUUUGGCAUAAUUGAUUCUUUGUUUAAAAAAUAAUUUAAAUAAAUUUAAAUUGU